AUGCCCCUCUCUUGCUUGUCGCCAUGGGACUGGCCAGAAGUCCCUACUGUUUUUGUGGCCUUGAAACCGAGGCAUAGGCCAAAGCUCUCAGUCCAUUUCCUCUACCCUGGAUUAGCACCACGGCAGCCAUCGUCGGUGCUAGAAGAAAGGAACGACACCAUGGGACUAGGUGUUAGUGCGGAUGCUACUGACACCAACAGAAAGAGAUACCUUUUGAUUUUUGACGAGCGAGAGUGGAGUUCUUUCUUGUCACUUCCCAGAGACGACUGUGAUAAUUACAAUAGUUGUGGCAACAACAGUGUUUGCACCAAGGGCUACUACUCGAUCUCCUGUCGUUGCUUGGAAGGGUUUGUGGAGAUCGGAAGUGUCGUCGGGUGCAAGAGGAGGGAACCCUUUCGUUGCUCAUCGAACCAGUUUCGGAAGGAGCCGAGCGUGAAGGUGCUCGACACUGAGAACGCAACCUCACGAGGCAAGAUUAGUUUGGAAUCUUGCAAUAAAUUGUGCUUGGAUGAUUGCUCCUGCGUCGCUUAUGCGGUGAUCAAUGGGCCUUAUGGUUGCAUAACUUGGCGCGGUGACCUGUUGGAUCUCAGAAGUUUUCCCGAUGGAGGAGAUGAUUUGUACAUUCGGCUUCAAGGUGUACUCGUCCGAAGGUGGAGAAACAGAGCAUCAACAUGCAGAUUGCAAUUGCGGUUUCCAAACGUGGAGAAAGGUUCGAUCAGCGCAUUGGACGUACUUCCUUCAUAUGAUUUGCAUACUAUAAAAAUUGCAACAAAUGAUUUUUCCAAAGAAAACAAACUUGGGGAAGGGGGAUUUGGUGCUGUUUACAAGGGUCAAUUGGAUGAUGGACAGAAGAUCGCUGUCAAAAAAUUAUCAAGAUACUCCUCACAAGGUCCAAACGAGUUCCUGAAUGAACUCUCCGUGAUAGCCAAGUUACAACAUACAAACCUGGUACGUCUUCUAGGCUACUGCAUUGAAGGAGAUGAGCGAAUUAUGAUACUUGAAUACAUGGAAAAUAAGAGCCUUGAUGCCUUUAUUUAUGGUCAGCAUAUUUUCUCACGUUUCUUAAUUUUAUUACCUUCACAAAUGGUUAAAAACUAA